AGGAGGAGUGUGGUUGAAGUGUGCGAGGGUCGCGGCCGCGAUGAUCUGACAGAUGAAAUAGAGGAAAAAGGAAAGAAGACGGCUGUUCUCCACACACAGAGCGAUGUUCCCGAAAGGCAAAGGCACCCCGGUGCCCUCAGACGGCCAGGCUCGAGAAAAGUUGGCCUUGUAUGUCUAUGAGUACUUGUUACACAUAGGAGCACAGAAGUCAGCACAGACCUUUUUAUCAGAGAUCCGAUGGGAGAAAAACAUUACACUAGGGGAGCCCCCUGGAUUUCUACAUUCCUGGUGGUGUGUAUUCUGGGACUUAUAUUGCGCUGCACCAGAGAGGCGAGAGACAUGUGACCACUCCAGCGAGGCUAAGGCCUUCCAUGAUUAUAGUGCAGCAGCAGCUCCUAGCCCAGUGAUGGGAGGGAUGGCUCCUGGUGACGGCAUGCCUGGAGGACCGAUGCCACCUGGCUUUUUUCAGGGUCCUCCGGGUCCCCAGGGCUCUCCUCACCCACAGCCUCCUCCCCCUAACAGCAUGAUGGGACCCCACAGUCAGUCCUUCAUGUCGCCUCGCUUUGCCGGGGGUCCAAGAGGUCCCCCGAUCAGGAUGGGAAACCAGCCACCAGGCGGCGGACCCGGCCCGCAUCCCAUGUUGCCAAAUAUGGAUCCAACAAGAACCCAAGGCCAUCCCAAUCUCGGCCCAAUGCAGAGAAUGAGUGGCCCUCGAGGCAUGGGGCCAAUGGGACCAGGCCCUCAGAAUUUUGGCGGAGGGAUGAGACCCCCUCACAACGCCAUGGGUCCGGGUAUGCCAGGUGUCAACAUGGGUCCAGGAACCGGACGACCAUGGCCAAAUCCUAACAACGCAAACUCUAUGCCUUACUCGUCACCGUCUCCGGGUGCAUAUGGGGGAGCAUCUGGUGGAGGAGGACCACCGGGAACUCCCAUCAUGCCCAGCCCUGCAGAUUCAAACAACUCUGGCGACAACUUGUACACCAUGAUCAACACUGGACCCGGCAACAGGAAUAAUUUCCCAAUGGGGCCUGGCUCCGAUGGACCUUUGGGAGCCAUGGCUGGGAUGGAGCCACACCACAUGAAUGGGUCACUAGGUAACAUCACAAGCUUUGGCUCUGGUGACAUGGAUGGCAUGAACAAGAAUUCCCCAAACAAUUUAAGUGGCAUUAGCAAUCCCCCUGGGACCCCGAGGGAUGACGGAGAGCUGAGUGGAAACUUCCUCCACUCCUUUCAGAGCGAGAAUUACUCUCCCACCAUGACCAUGAGUGUGUGACCCACUCCUCGGCCAGGCCCUUCGUUAUUUGCCAUCAUUCCAAGGAUUUAAACUCACUAUAAGACAAGGCCAAACACAUCAGCGCAGAUUCAGGGACAGGUGCCGUUUUGGUUCCACACUUACACCAAAAUGCUGAUCAGAGGAAGACGACAAAUGGCUGACUACUACUGCUCCUUGCUCCAAAUGAAGGACAAUUUCUCCAUCUACAACCCAUAGUGUGAUUAAAACCAGCUACUGAAAUGCAUAAAUGACACGUAAUCGUCUCUGCCCCCCUGCGCCCUCCAGCUAAGAGGAAAGAAAUGGUUGAAGUUUACCUCUUGUACCUUUUAAUUAUUGCUUUGUGGUGAAGGAAGUGUUUCUGCUUUUGUCACUUAAAACACUGGACAGUGUGCAUAUGCAUUGUUGGCUUGGAAAGUCUUUUAUCUUGUCUUUUUUUUUUUUUUCCUCUCUCCCCCUGUGUCACACCUGUCAGCUGACACCGGAACCCAUUUUUUUUUUGCCUUUUA